AAAACUCCAAGAAGGCACAAAGCAGUUGCCUCCCUCGCUCUUGUGCUUGUCGUCUCUUUGUUGGCUGCUCGUCUCUUGUCAAGCACACACACACACACACACACACACACACACACACACACACACCAAUCACAGCGGCGGAGCAGGGUGAACAAUACGACACUGCCAGAGCACAACAGGGCAAGCAGCAUACAAGCCCGCCUGACCUGGCGUGUGUUGUGCGUUUGUUGCGUUGUUGCGUUGUUGCGUUGUGCGUUGUGCGUUGUGCUCCGCACGCGUACACAUACGCGAAGACACAAGGACACCUAGCUUAGCUAGCGUUGAUCGUGGGUGUGGUGUCACAGUUUCACCACCACAGUACACCACACCACACCACACGACAACCAAGCACAAAGCAAGGUGCUGGUGACAACACGCCAUGUCGUCGCCCUCAUCGGUGCCCUCCUCGCAGGGAACGCGAGUGUUCUCUGACCUCAGCAUCGAGGAGAUUAUCCUCGACAUGUCCGGGAUGGAGCCCAUUGAAUGGCCCAAUUCAAGUGACGCCUCGCCUGCGGUCACCCCAGUCUCGUCUUCCAUGUUGUCAUCGCCCCUCAACACGUCCUCGGCCAACGCCAUUCGCAUGCCACCCACAGACCUCACGCCGUGCUCAAGAACCACGGUCAAGCGUCGACCAGGGACAAGCGGCAGCGACGCUGGUGUGCUGGAGAACAAGCGUGCCAAGACCACAGACACCGCCACCGCUCGCUCUAGCGUGAACCGCGCACUGCAGCUCGAGCCACACGCGCGCCAACUCCCCGCAGAAGUAGAUGAAGUUGCUCCUUUCCACACGCUGCCACACGAGACGAUGCUGGCGAUAUUCCAACUACUCAACACGUGGGACAAACUCAUCUGCAGCCGCGUCUGUCGCCGUUGGUACCACCUCCUGCUGUCACCGAGGUGCUGGGACACGAUUUACCUCGAGGACACGUCGCUUGGGUUUGAUGCGCGGGCGAUGCUUCUGCAACGCCGCCCGCGCCGCCUCUUCCUCGUCCACACCGUCAUCCCUCGCCUCCAGGCCACGUUUCUCCAAUCGUUUCAACUUGAAACACUCGAUCUGACUGCAUCAACCAUCAACCCUGCCGACCUCGCCCAGAUCUUUGCCAUGUCGCCACGACUGCAACGGGUUGACAUGAGUGGAACGCCAAUCGAUGACACUGCACUUGAGGCAUUGGCGCGACACUGCCCACGGCUCACGUCCCUUGGCUUGCGAUCCUGUCACAACAUCACUGGCCGCGGGCUGCGCGCCAUCGCCGCUCGCUGCGGUCCCGCACUGGAGAUUGUGAGUCUCGGGUGGACGCCUGUGAGCAAGGAGGAUUUUCUCGCGCUGUGCGUUCGCUUCUCCGCGCUGCGUGAGCUGGACAUGAGCGGGUGCUCCGAAAGCUUCGACGACGAGGGUGUGGCGGCGGUGUGCCGGUACUGCCCGUCGUUGGAGGUGCUGGAUGCAAGCGACUGCUACGGGGUGACGGACAUCAGCGUGCACACCAUCAUCGGCCACCUCCGCCGCCUGCGUCGCAUCGCCCUCUCCCGGUGCCACCACAUAACCGUCGCAGCCACCCAGGCGCUGGCCGGCCAGGUCAAUCUUAACUAUCUCGACCUCUUUAGCUGCUACCAGACCGUCUACCCACACAUCACCUCUGCGUCUCGGGGCGUGAUUGUCAACGACAGCAUCCUGUCUCCUGUACACUGCGUGGACCGCCCACCAAGGAUCCACGCCCGCCCCACACGCGCCCGCCGCUUCUCGUCCCUCCCGCAUCCAAUGAGCAACGCUUGAGUGUGAUGGCGAGCCCCCAGCGAGCGUGUGCACACGUCUGUUGCGCAGCGUGACUCGUGUCGCACAUUUACGGCAGCAGUGCCUUCCUCUGCUUGCCUUGUGUGUUUUUGUUCGUGUUUCCCGUGGGAUGAUGAUUGUAACUGUAAAUGCACCCUGUCCUCUGCCAACACCACCCACAGCCCGUCGCAUCAACAACCAAAGCUUGAUGAUGACGACAAUCAUAAACGGUCCGCUUUCCCAAUGGCACUGCAUUGCCCACCGUUCACACACACACACACACACACAUACACACACACACACACACACACACAC